AUGUCGCUCAAGGCGUUGCUCUACGCCUACAUUCUCGGGGGAAUCACAUUUAUCCCGCUCCUGGUCCUGGGAGCCAUCUGCUACACGGUCUACACGGCGGUCCCAGUAGAAGAAGCUGAGGCCAAGAAAGCCCCAGAGCCAGUCGAAGCGACAGACACUCCUCCGGACCCCCCGUCGACUACCGCGGCGCCGUCUCCAUCCGAUGUCAAUGACGCGCCCAGGGUACGCAAAGGCUGGCUUACCGUCCGAAGGACCUUCGAAGAACAGCCCUCGGACUCGUCCUACGUAGACAUGGUGCGUGGCUUCCUCGAUGCGCGGUCAAAGGACGCACGUCGGUCGCGCCCCAAGGACAUGUGGUACGUCGUCCUCAAGGGAAAGGUCCUCUACCUAUACGAGGACGAGAGCAUGACCGAGUGCGAGGCUGCGAUCGAGCUCACCGGGCACGACGUCGUGAUCUACCCCGAGGGCCUGCUCGACGGCGAGCUGUUCUCACGGCGGAACGCGAUCUGUUUCAAGCCGAAGGUACCGCCUCAGAGCAAGGAGAUGCCCAGCGUGACAAAGGAGAUGAAGCUAGGUGAAGAGAACGUCGAGGAGAAGCUCGAGGAGACCAGUGGCAGCUCGAAAUCGAAGCAGCGGCAGCGGGAGCAGAUCUUGGAGGCUGAAAGGCGGAGGGAGGAAGCGCGGGAUCAGGCACUGGACUUGUCGACGCCGUGGUUCCUAUUCGUCAAGAACGUCGUGGAUAUGGAGGACUGGUACCAUGCGCUCGUGCAUGCGUCGGACAACCCAGCGAACUCGGGUACGCUGGCUCCGCUCGAGGCCGUUUUCCAAGCGGAAGACAUGUCGCAUCUGGUAUCAACGCUGGACGAACAGCCGGACGUCAUUCCGAUGCGAUGGCUGAACGCCAUCUUGGGUCGAAUAUUCUUCAGUUACUAUCGUACACAGGUACUGGAGUCGUACAUCAUCGGGCGUCUCAUGAAGAAGAUCUCGAAGGUCAAGCGGCCCGGCUUCCUCUCAGACAUCAACGUCAGGGAGGUAUCUGUCGGGAAUAAAGCGCCGACGUUCAGCAAACCUAUGCUGAAGGAGCUCACGAAGGAGGGCGACGCUUCAUUCGAGUUGCAUAUGCAGUACAAAGGAGAAGUGCGAAUCACGGUGGAGGCCACUGCCACAAUCAACCUCGGCGCCCGCUUCAAGACGUACACCGUGAAGCUCGUGCUGGCCCUGGUGGUUCGGGAGGUGGAGGGCAAUCUGCUAGUGAAGGUCAAACGACCACCGAGUAGUCGGAUCUGGUACGCAUUCACGCAGAUGCCGAGGAUGGUCAUGAGCGUCGAGCCCGUCGUGAGUGACCGACAGAUCACCUGGGGUAUGAUCCUGAGCACAAUCGAGUCCAAAGUACGCGAAGUGAUUCAGGAGUCGGUGGUGCUCCCCAACAUGGAUGACAUCUCGUUCUUCGAGAGCAUCAAGUACGAGCACCGAGGAGGCAUCUGGGCGGAUGCAUCGCGCGCUCACGCAGAUCCGCCUUAUGAGCCCGGGCAGGAAAAUGACGAUGACAGCAAAUCCACCGUAUCCGCGUCCGGUGCAGAGCUGUCGAAGCCAAUGGCUACGGACCCCGAGCAUCCUCCCGUGCAACGCUCGCACUCCGCUGAAGAGGCAAAAACGGAGGCGAAGAUUGUUGAUAACUCCCAGGAAAUCGUCAUGGAUUUGCACCGGACGACAACUGCAGUCAGCUUGCCCAGUUCGCCCGCUGCGAAUUUGCCGUUGGCAAAUCGGCGCCGUACGUGGGUUGGCUCGCCGAACGGAAAGGAGGACGGUGCGGGAGAGCUGAAGGGCGAUGAUCUCAGCGACUCGGAUCGACGGGGGAGGACUCCAGAGUCGGACCACACCCUGACGCGAAGGUCAAGCUCGACACCCAUCGCACCGUUUGAUGACACCACACCGCAACCGUCGGAGGCGCAGCAACUACAGGAGGACUACCUCGCCCCGAGUGUCGGUCGUCGGUCGUCUUCACAACACUCUCAGUCGUCGUCGCGGGGAACAUCUGGUUCUGCAACGGACGACGAUUCCACAGGAGCUGCUGGCGAUUCGUCCUCCUCUUCACGGCGCUCGAAGAGUCCCGCUCUCAGUAGCACCCCUAGCCGCAACAACACGACGAGCUCGACAGCAGCCUUCUUGCAGACGCUCAAGUCGCGUGCAGGCGACAAACAGGCGUUGAGCAAUACCGCGAAGGAGGCGAUGCGCAAAUGGGGCGUUAACUGGAGCGGACUCCGGAAGGACAGCACUAACAGCACGACCAACGAGGAAGUCGCGGACGGCGCAAGUGCUCCUCAUAGCGAAACUCGCCUGCGCGCGAACUCGGCAGCGCACAAAUCACGCCCGAGCUAUGCAGAGGUGCGGGCGGCCGUGGAGCAACGGAAACAGCACGAGGGCUCGCUAGGUGCAGACCUGCGCUCGGACCCCAUCUCCAUACCUGAAGGCGGGAAGGGCAAGGAGCGUGCGCGUAGUGUCUCGCCGUCACCAGCAGGCGGGGGCAGCAGCGGCGGCGGGUCGUCCUACCUUGCGCCCCCACCAGGUACCUCGCCCAGACCCGACUCCCGCCCUCCCUCACCGACCAUCCCGCUCGAGCGGACAGUCUCGGGGCGCUCCAUGCGCGACGGCCUCAUGCUCGACGCGUCCGAGGAGCGGCCGCCCGCGCCGAUCCACACGCAGCCGCCGCAGGCGAAGACGAUGACGAUCCCCGGGAUCCACGCGAGCCACCGCGGCGAGGUGAUGUCCAUGGGCUACGCGCCGCCGCCGCCCGCGUCCCCGCCGGAGCAGAAGAAGCCCGCGAUCCAGAGCGUGUACCGCCUGUGGAAGGCCCCCAGCGCGUCCGCGGGCCAGACGCCGUCCUCCGAGGUCGCGCAGACGCAGACGGGCUUUGCGGGGCACGACCAGGACGCGGGGGCGGCGGCGCCGGUGUCGACGUCGACGUCGGACGCGCAGGCGCAGCCGGAGGUCGUCUCGCCGAGACCUGUCCCGCCGCCGCUGCCGCCGCGCUCGGUCUCGGGCACGCUGCGGAGGGUCUCGAGUGGCGGGGCUGCUGCGCCGCAGAAUGCGAACACGUCGGCGGCGUCUGCCGCGCUGCAGUCUAUCGUGUCGAAGGACAGGAGCAAGCGUGCGUCGCUCGAACCUGUCGCGGUCUCAGCACCGCCGUCAGGCUCGGGCUCUGGCGGGGACGCGGCAAGCGCAGGUGUGCCGGCCACGGGGUCGCCUCCGUCCGCGAAUUCGACGCCUGCAGGCGCGAGUGGAAUACCAGGAAGCUCGCCUGGCACGCCGAAGCCGAGUCCUGUACCACCUGCCCUGCCGCCACGGCGUACACCCGCCGCACCUCCUGCGCCCGCAUAG